AUGGAUGGUGAAUUAAAUCUGACGUAUAUAACUCUUUAUGGGUAUGUUGAAAUGGGCAACUAUAGGUAUUUAAUUUUUCUAAAUAUGUUUAUCGUAUAUGUUCUAUCAGUCUCUUUUAACAUCAUCAUUGUGUACCUUAUUUGGAUACAUCAGAAUCUCCAUGAGCCUAUGUACAUUUUCAUUGCAGCAUUGUUACUGAACUCUGUUGUUACCAGCACUACUGUGUACCCAAAGUUAUUGGUUGACAUUUUAUCUGAAAAACAGGUCAUAACAUAUUCGGCCUGUCUCUUACAAUGUUUUAUAUAUUAUUCUGUUAGUGCUUCAGAUUUCUUACUGUUGGCGGCCAUGGCCUAUGACAGGUAUGUGUCUAUAUGUAAACCUCUGCAAUAUACAACUAUCAUGACAAAAAACGUGGUGAGUGUUAUCCUAGGUUAUGCUUGGGUGAUGCCUGCUUGUCAGGUUGCAGCCUCAACAAUACUGAGUGCUCAAAUGAAACUCUGUAAUUUCACUUUAAAAGCAAUUUUCUGCAAUAAUUCAUAUUACGGUCUCUACUGUGGGACAUCGACAGUACGAUCCAUAGUUGAUAUGUCUAAUCUGUUUAAUCUGGCAGUUUUACCUAUACUCUUCAUACUUUUUACAUACACCAGAAUACUGAUAAUAUCCUAUCGAAGAGGUAGAAAUGUCAGGAAAAAAGCUGCACAGACUUGUUCACCCCACCUGAUAAUUCUAAUCAGCUUUUCCUCCCUGUGUCUAUAUGAUGUCAUUAUAAUUGAACUGGAUAAGGGAUCUUAUUUACAUUUCAUAAUGACUUUACAAGCGUUUUUGUAUUAUCCUCUCUUCAAUCCAGUUGUAUAUGGACUCAAAGUGAAAGAAAUAUUCAAACAUCUGAAGAAGUUGAUCUGUCCGGCCAAAAUGAUUUGA